AUGGCGGGGUCGCACGCCAUUACAUUUCAGGAACUCAUUGAGAGUGGGGCUAGAGUAGAUGUUCAUGACAAUGAACAAUGCACUCCUAUGUAUCUUGCAACAUAUUAUGGAUAUAUGCCGAUAAUGAAAACUCUUGUUCAAGCAAAAGCUGAUAUAUACUAUGAAAAUGAAAGUUAUAAAGAUAUGGGUGAUCAUAAUGCAGCAUUGGGUGGGAAAUGUGAUGUCAUCACAGAUCUGUUAGAGUCGGGGUUUGAUGUAAACUGCAAAACUAAAGAAGGAGAUACAAUGCUUCAUUUAGCAGCUUGGAAAGGUCACAGAGAAUUAGUGCAACUCCUGAUCAGUAAAGGGGCAAAUAUCAAUGACAAAAACAACAAUGGUUGGACAGCAUUACAUGCAGCCAUUGCAUCUAACAAAGUUAGUUUAGUUCAGGAACUCAUUGAGAGUGGGGCUACAGUAGAUGUUCAUGACAACCAACAAUUCACUCCUUUGCAUCUUGCAACAUCUUGGGGAUAUAUUCAGAUAAUGAAAACUCUUAUUCAAGCAAAUGCAGAUAUGCAUGAUGUUCAUACUUGUGGCAAUGUAGGUGCUCAUCAUGCAGCAAUCGAUGGGGAACGUGAUGUCAUCACAGUUCUGUUAGAGUCAGGGUUUGAUGUAAACUGCAAAAAUAAAGAAGGAAGUACAAUGCUUCAUAUAGCAGCUGGGAAUGGACACAGAGAAUUAGUGCAACUCUUGAUCAGUAAAGGGGCAAAUAUCAAUGACAAUGGCAACAAAGGUGGCACAGCAUUACAUUACGCUGUUCAAUCUAACAAUGUUAGCAUAGUUCAGGAACUCAUUGAGAGUGGGGCUACAGUAGAUGUUCAUAACAAUCAACAAUUCACUCCUUUGCAUCUUGCAACACUUAGGGGAUAUAUUCCUAUAAUGAAAACUCUUAUUCAAGCAAAUUCAGAUAUACAUAAUAUUCAUACAUGUGGCAAUAUGAGUGCUCAUGAUGCAGCAUUGCGUGGAAUAUGUGAUGUCAUCACAGUUCUGUUAGAGUCGGGGUUUGAUGUAAACUGCAAAAAUAAAAAAGGAAAUACAAUGCUUCAUUUAGCGGCUUUAAAAGGUCACAGAGAAUUAGUGCAACUCUUGAUCAGUAAAGGGGCAAAUGUCAAUGACAAAGGCAACAUGGGUCGCUCACCAAUACACAGAGCUGUUGAAUCUAACGAUGUUAGCAUAGUUCAGGAACUCAUUGAGAGUGGGGCUACAAUAAAUGUUCAUGAUAAUCAACAAUGUACUCCUUUGGAUCUUGCAACAUCUUUGGGAUAUAUUCCGAUAAUGAAAACUCUUAUUCAAGCAAAUGCGGAUAUGUAUAAUAAUCAUACUUUUGGCAAUAUAGGUGCUCAUGAUGCAGCAAUCGAUGGGAAACGUGAUGCCAUCACAGUUCUGUUAGAGUCAGGGUUUGAUGUAAACUGCAAAAAUAAAAACGGAAGUACAAUGCUUCAUUUAGCAGCUGGGAAUGGGCACAGAGAAUUAGUGCAACUUUUGAUCAGUAAAGGGUCAAAUGUCAAUGAUAAAAGCAACAAAGGUGGCACAGCAUUACAUUACGCUGUUGAAUCUAACGAUGUUAGUGUAGUUCAGGAACUCAUUGAGAGUGGGGCUACAGUAGAUGUUCAUGACAGUAGACAAUUCACUCCUUUGCAACAUGCAACAUCUUUGGGAUAUAUUCCUAUAAUGAAAACACUUAUUCAAGCAAAUGCAGAUAUGCAUAAUAUCCAUACUUGUGGUAAUAUGGGUGCUCAUGUGGCAGCAUUGGGUGGGAAAUGUGAUGUCAUCACAAUUCUUUUAGAGUCGGGGUUUGAUGUAAACUGCAAAAAUAAAAAAGGAAAUACAAUGCUUCAUUUAGCGGCUUUAAAAGGUCACAGAGAAUUAGUGCAACUCUUGAUCAGUAAAGGGGCAAAUGUCAAUGACAAAGGCAACAUGGGUCGCUCACCAAUACACAGAGCUGUUGAAUCUAACGAUGUUAGCAUAGUUCAGGAACUCAUUGAGAGUGGGGCUACAAUAAAUGUUCAUGAUAAUCAACAAUGUACUCCUUUGGAUCUUGCAACAUCUUUGGGAUAUAUUCCGAUAAUGAAAACUCUUAUUCAAGCAAAUGCGGAUAUGCAUAAUAAUCAUACUUUUGGCAAUAUAGGUGCUCAUGAUGCAGCAAUCGAUGGGGAACGUGAUGCCAUCACAGUUCUGUUAGAGUCAGGGUUUGAUGUAAACUGCAAAAAUAAAAACGGAAGUACAAUGCUUCAUUUAGCAGCUGGGAAUGGGCACAGAGAAUUAGUGCAACUCUUGAUCAGUAAAGGGGCAAAUAUCAAUGACAAAUGCAACAAAGGUGGCACAGCAUUACAUUAUGCUGUUCAAUCUAACAAUGUUAGCAUAGUUCAGGAACUCAUUAAGACUCGGAAAGGUCACAGAGAAUUAGUGCAACUCUUGAUCAGAAAAGAGGCAAAUGUCAAUGACAAAGGCAACAAGGGUCUCACACCAUUACAUGACGCUGUUCAAUCUAACAAUGUUAGUGUAGUUCAGAAACUCAUUGAGAGUGGGGCUACAGUAGAUGUUCAUGACAAUCAACAAUGUACUCCUUUGCAUCUUGCAACAUCUUUGGGAUAUAUUCCAAUAAUGAAAACCCUUAUUCAAGAAAAUGCAGAUAUGCAUAAUACUCAUACUUAUGGCAAUAUAGGUGCUCAUGAUGCAGUAGUGGGUGGGAAAUGUGAUGUCAUCACAGUUCUGUUAGAGUCAGGGUUUGAUGUAAACUGCAAAAAUAAAGAAGGAAGUACAAUGCUUCAUUUAGCAGCUGGGAAUGGACACAGAGAAUUAGUGCAACUCUUGAUCAGCAAAGGGGCAAAAGUUAAUGACAAAGACAACGAAGGUCGCACACCAUUAAAUGUAGCUGUUCUUUCAAUUCUUAAAAACAAUGGUUAG